AUGUCGCGCGUCGACCCCGACGACGGCCUCGACGACGUCCGAAGACGACGUCGUCUCGGCGUUCGGGCCCUCGUCGUCGCCGUCGUCGCCGUCGUCGCGGUCGUCGCGCAUUUCGCGUCUGAGCGCGUAACGGUCUCGCCGAGCUCGAGCGCGUUCACGCACGCGUGCGCACGCGCGCGGGGCCGACGACGCGCCCAGGAAGACGCGUGCGUCGUGAGUGACGUUUCCGUCGAUCUCGUCGUCGCGGGCGUGUUCGAUGGACACGACGGGUCGACGGCGAGCGCGCGCGCGGCGCGGGAGACGACGCGCGCGGCAAAGCGCGCGGACGCGGGCGGUGCGGCGAGCGUGGUGCGCGCGCUCGGGGAUGCGUGCGAUGGUGAAGCGUCGGGGACGACUGUGGUGUUGGCGCUGGUGCGGAGCGAUGGGUUCGAGGUGGCGCACGUCGGGGAUAGCGCGGCGUACGCGUGCGAGACGUCCGGCGGCGGCGUUCGAGCGCGGCGGUUGACAGAGGAUCACGGGCUCGGGAACGCGCGCGAGCGCGCGAGAGUGCGGGCGGAGGGCGGAACGAUCGUAGAAUCGAGGGGGGCGAUGCGGGUUGGGGGCGAGUAUUUAGUCACGCGGGCGCUAGGAGGAACCGCGCGGCGCGCGCGCGGCGUUUCACAGACGCCGGAUGUCGUCGCGAGGAGGUGGCGAACGAAUGAAUUGGGGCUCAUUCUGACCUCGGACGGCACGACGGAGCGAUUGAAACCAGACGAUGCGUGUGCUUUUGUGUUUGCGGGUAAGCGUAAGUGCGAUGAGAGCGCUAAAGUUGACACAUCCAUCGCCCUUGACGGAGACGCCGCAUCAAGCACGCAGUCAAGCGAGGACGCAUGGGACACUGUGGAAGUGCAGGGUAACUCUGAGGUGAUGAACGAGCGCGUUGAACGAGCACUUAAGUGUGCGCUCGAAUUAGGUUCGUCAGAUAACGUCGCCCUGGCCGCGGUUUCAGCCGGGCGUCACAAUACGCAAAUCACCGUGACCCAGCAGAAACCUUCAAGUUUAGUUGCAGAGAUGCUGAGCAUCGGCUCGAACAUCGAAGAGUACAAAAUCACACAGCUCGUCGCGUGGUCAUCCGGGCCAUACUUGCCGGCGAAGACACCUUUUAGAUACGACGAUAUGUACGACGAAGAGCCGCAGCCGACGUAUAAUUUUGGACGGAAGUUUGAGCAGAGCGCCAUCGAGGGUGCGCUCACGGCGCUCGCGUUGGCGCCAGGGAAAGGCGAAAAGAAUCGUGUGCAAAAUGCAAUCACGUCUUACGUUGGUAUAAUCGAUUCAAGACUAGCGAGAGGCCAGGACGAGGGAGUGCGGGCGGGUGAGCGCCCGUUUGCGAGAGGACACUUUGGCGAGGUGUGGCGAGCGAAAUUGUCUCGGCAACUGACGGCGCAGAAAUUGGAGUGCGCGUCUAGCGCGGUCUCGGGUGAUUCUUCGACUGUUAUCAUGAAAAGAAUUUUAGUGGAACAAGACUUGGAUUUGCAGCUGAGUGCGGACAGAGAGGUCUACUUCGGGAGGUUGCUGUGUGGGGCGUCGCCGCACAUCGCCAGAUACAUGCACACAUUUGAUAAGAUACCCCCCAGUGGCCGCGAGCGAUGGCUUGUGUUCAGGGACGAGGGCGAAUCGUUGGAGCGAUUAAUGUACGCCCCGGAGAGUGAGGUUGGAGGAGAUUCGGCCACAUUACAGCUCGUGUCACAGAGCGAUUGGUGGCGUGAGACGCGUCGCUCUGCUACAGGUCGUCGAGUUCUCAAGACCAUCUUGAGGCAGAUCUUCGCCGCGGUGAAUGUGAGUCACUCGAACUUUGGCGUCGUUCAUAGAGAUAUAAAGCCGGCAAACGUAUUCGUUCGAUUUGAUGAUGAUAUUGUCCAAGCCAAGCUCGGCGAUUUUGGGAGUGCCAUGGACACGCGAAGACGCAUUCAGCUCUACGGCUCGACGGGCCCUUCAGCGGCGCAAGAGACCGCCGAGUAUAGUCCACCUGAGGUUCUUUUCGGCAACGAUCUGAUCGAACGCACCUUAAAAUACGAUAUUUGGUCGCUCGGCGUUAUGAUGACCGAAUUGCUCUCACUCGGGUCACCCAAGGCUUUUUCACACAUUUCCCGCAAGACGAGACUUGCGCUCGAGCGCGAACUUCGCGAGGUACAUCCGACGGCCCGCGCGGUGGCUUAUCGGUUGCGUGCGAUGCUCGAACUAUGCAUCGUGCCCCCUGACACCCAAGUUGGUACCUUGCUGUCGUGGGAGUGCACGGAAGUGGCGCUGAUGAACAUCUUCAAGGCACGCGAUCCGCUCGGCGUCGGCUUGGAAUCCAUCUGGGCCUUACGUCUGAUCCGUAAGCUCCUCUCAUGGGAUCCCAAUGAGCGCCCAAGCGCGGCGCAAGCGCUCGAACACGCCUUUUUCCGCGAUGGUGACGAGCGGGGAUGGAAAUGCGGUGCAGAUGCGAGCGAACACGAGUGGAAAUCGCGGUGCGAUGCCCUCUGCGCAUCACCAUGCACGUAG